UCCGUGUUCACAUCAGCUCCCGGGUGACGACGGUUCAACGCUCCAGGAGUCGGCAUCGUGCUGAACCUGUUAUAACGACGCGCUGUCGGACCGGAGGCUGUGGAUUUCAGGACUGACUCUAAACAUUUGCUGGAGACAUGAACCUUCCUCGGGUCCCGAUCUGGCUGGCAUGGCUUCUCUCUCUGUACCUGGGCUCGGCGAUCUGCUCGGAGGAUGAGACCAGGCUGCUCAGCCACCUGUUCACCGGCUACGACAAGGUGGUGCGGCCCGUGAACCACCACCAGGACGUGGUGACCAUCACCCUGGGCCUGCAGCUCAUCCAGCUCAUCAGCGUGGAUGAAGUGAACCAGAUUGUGACCAGUAAUGUCCGCGUGUUCCAGCAAUGGAAUGACGUGAACUUACACUGGAAUCCCGAUGAUUAUGGAGGCAUCCAGAAGGUCCGAAUCAAUUCGUCGGACAUCUGGAAACCGGACUUCGUGCUUUACAACAAUGCCGACGGAGAGUUCUCCAUCAUCCACAACAGCAAGGUGCUGCUGGACCACACCGGCCAGAUCACCUGGAACCCUCCGGCCAUCUUCAAGAGUUACUGCGAGAUCAACGUGCUCCAGUUCCCCUUCGACCUGCAGAACUGCAGCAUGAAGCUGGGGAUCUGGACCUACCACGGCUGGCUGGCCAUCAUCAACCAGGAGCACGACCUGACGGAUCUCAGCAACUACAUGGAGUCCGGUGAGUUCGUGCUGAAGUUCUCCCGCUGCUGGAAACACUGGGUCAAGUACAAAUGCUGCGGCGACACGCCCUACCUGGACAUCACCUACCACUUCCUCAUGGUGCGGCGGCCGCUCUACUUCAUCGUCAACGUCAUCAUUCCCUGCAUGCUCUUCUCCUUCCUCACCAGCUUGGUCUUCUACCUGCCCACGGACUCAGGCGAAAAGAUGACCCUGUCCAUCUCCGUCCUGCUGUCCCUGACCGUCUUCCUGCUGGUCAUCGUGGAGCUCAUCCCCUCCACCUCCAGCGCCAUUCCCCUCAUCGGGAAGUACAUGCUCUUCACCAUGGUGUUCGUCAUCGCUUCCAUCAUCAUCACCGUCGUCGUCAUCAACAUCCACCACCGCUCGCCCAGCACGCACACCAUGGCGCCGUGGAUCCGCAAGGUCUUCAUCGACACCAUUCCCAACAUGAUGUUCUUCUCCACCAUGAAGCGUCCCGGUCAGGAGGCCCGGCAGAAGAUGCUGUUCCCCGCCGACAUGGACAUCUCCGACAUCUCAGGUAAACCCACCCCCACCAGGGUCCCCUACGAGCCCCCCAUCAUUAAAGACCCUGAGGUCCGCAGCGCCAUCGAAGGGGUGAAGUACAUCGCCGAGACCAUGAAGUCUGACGAGGAAAUCAACAAUGCGGCGGAGGGAGUGGCAGUUCGUCGCCAUGGUGCUGGACCACAUCCUGCUCUGCAUCUACAUGGCCGUGUGCAUCAUCGGGACGGUGAGCGUCUUCGCCUCCAGGCUGAUCGAGCUCAGUGCGCUGUAGAGGCCUGCGAUGACCAGCAGAGCGGCGCCACGUCGGCUGUUUCGGCUUGUCCCGGGAAUGGUUUUGAAAGGUUGAAGCUCGGUGUUUCUGUGUCUCUGAGUUCAGGCAGACGUUUAUUUCCUGUUAUUGCUUGGUCUGCCUGACACUCCUUCACUCACUCAACAUUCAACGUGUUUUUGCUUUGGAGUAUCUUCUUUUUUUUUACUUGAAACGGUUAUUUCCAUUUGGUUUGAUGACGCUGGCUCAGAUCCUGGUCCUGGUUCUCCUGGACUUGGUGGUCUGUCCGUUCAAAUGUCCUAAACCUGCUGUUGAUAACAUUUACUGCGUCUUGUUCUCCUCCUGGCUCCGUUGUUUUCAGCGUUUCUGUAAAACGGACGUUUUAAAAACGCUGACAUGAAAACCUUUCGGAAGCGUCGGUCACACGACCAACGGUCUGCGGCUCUUAAAGAGACCUGAGUCUCAUGACUGCCAGAUAACUUCACCCUGGAAGAUUUUUUCUCUCUGUUUGGUGAAAAAGGUUAUUUCCCACCUUUGAUUAAAUCUCCAGCUUUGUAUUAAAUGAAUGAUAUUCUGAGUGGAAAUGUCAGGGUUGCACUGCUGCUGCGUGUUUCAACAUGAAGCCUGAUUUAUUUCUGCAGCUGUGAUCAAACCAAACCUGAGAUCUGUCUUUUGUGUAUUUUUU